UUGUUUAAACAGGUUCUGAGGUACAGUGUGAUAUGUACGAGAAGUGUAGGAAGAAUACAUCAGAUGACUUGCCUGAACCUGGUGUGAAAACAUCAGAUGCCUUACAUGAAUUUGGUGUUUGUAAUACAGAGAUGAUUGAGAAAGUACAGACAAAGACACUCAGAAGCAAAGGAAAGAUGUUGUGGAUAUAUCUGCUAUUGCUCGCAAUUAUUUCUGCUGUGGUACAGGGUGCUGUAAUACAAGAUACAGCCAAAAGCUGUUAUGUCAGUGAGUCAAAAGGGAGAAGUAUACAAGAUAUGAAGGAGGAGACAGUCUGUCAAAUACCACAUCUGACAUCUACCUGUGAAGCUUCCUAUUCUAGAUCUACUUGCCCAACAUCAGACUACGAUUUUUACGUGUGGGCAAAUAUGAGUUGCAAUUACAGUUGUAAUGACGGAGAGAAUUUAGUGUGUUUGAACAGUGAUGAUGAAAUGCAAUUUGUGUGUUUGCCACAAGAUAUAAGUUGUCCUGAAGGGAUUGGUUGGAGAAUAUUAUCUAACAUGAGCAAUGGUUAUGUUGGAAUUAUUGUUGGACAGUGUCAGGUGGGUUUUUACCAGGAAACACCAUCAAGAUGCUAUGAUGCGUGCAAAGACGAACAUUUCGCACCUGAUCGUAUUCCAGAUGGACUCAAACUUUACAGGGAAGGAGACAGUAGUCACCCUCAACUUUUCAUGUGUGACUUUACUACUGGUGACUUUAAUCCAGAAAACAAGUCUUUCAUCAAAGCAGAUUCACAGUUCCAGUUUAACAUUGUUGGCUUUUGUGUUAAUGGGCCUAAUCCAUGUUCUGAUGGACAAAUGCCAUUACAUA